AUGUCAACACUAGAUAUUAGUAAUAUUAACAAACAACAUGAUGUGUUGGCAAUAGUGAGCCAGGACUAUCCUGCCUACGAGUCAAUCGUCAAUGCACUCAAUACUGCUGCCAAGUCAGUCGUGUUGGCACAGUCUACAACAUCUAUACCAGCAGCAGCACAACAGAGCUUUGCCGAUCGCAUUGUUGUGGUCAGCGGUGCCAACAUCACCUCUUUGCAAUCGCUGUCCAGCGCACUAAAGGAUGGCGGCCUGCUUGCCGUCUACCAAUCCACUCCUCAGAACCUCACACUCGAUCUCCUCUGCAAUGGCUUUGUCGAUGUCACAUCUUCAGACUACAAUGGACUUGCACUCACAUGUGCCGCCAAGCCAGAUUGGAACACUGGUGCUAGUCAAUCAGUCAACAUUGUGCCACAAUCCGCUGGUUGGGGCAACGUCGGUAACAAUGAUGCUCGUAUUGAUGAGAGCGAGUUGUUAAGUGAGGCAGACAAGAAUGUUAAACCAUCAACUACAUUGGAGGAUUGUGGAGUUGGCUCAAAGAAGAAGGCUUGCAAGAACUGUACAUGUGGACUGGCAGAGAUGGAGGCAGCUGGAGAAGAGGCACCAAAGCCAAAGCUGACAAAGGAGAUGAUUGAGAACCCAGGUGUCAACAGUAACUGUGGAAGCUGUUCUUUAGGUGAUGCAUUCAGAUGCAAGGGAUGUCCAUACAGAGGACUGCCAUCAUUCAAGGUUGGCGAGAAGAUUGUAUUGCCAGACGACUUCCUCACUGACGACAUCUAA